AGCUCAGUGGAUAUUGCACUAUCGAGUAAAACCAUGCACAACUUAAUGAUCACGAAACGCAAUAUUUUCCAUGGCACCCAUAUUUUGAAAUCAGUCGACUGAUUGUUGGAAAAUCACCUACAUUUCUUGAUUUUUUUUCACUAAAUGAAGGCAAGCCAGAUGGCAUAAUUUCACAGGGUGUUAGUACCAGUACGAUCUUUAAAUCCAAGUAAGCUUUUUGAAAAUUAGGUUACAUUUGGGAUAUAAAAUACAAGUACAUGUAUCCUUUAUUUUCAAAACCGGGGACCUAAGUAAAGAAUCGGGCUGAAGCAUAAAUCUGGGAGCCUCAUCUGCAAUUACCCCGACGUUUGUAAAAUAGCUAUGAAGUAUUACGCGAACCCAUGAGGGCGCCCUGCUCGAGCUCGUGACAGUCGCGUACGUACGUACGUAAACACGUAAAGGUACACCCAUGCAUUGUCGCAUGCGUGAAGGUAUGCACGUACGCACCCACGCACCUACGCACCUCCGGUUACGUGUACGUGUACAAUGUACAAGUAUCGAGGCGGGCAGGCUUACUCCCUGGUCAGCCCCCACAAGAUUGUGCUCGACGCACCGCGGAAAUAUCACGUCAACUCGCACUUUUCAUAAUUUAUGCGAUCUUCAACGAGUAUUGGAAUCCAAGGGGAAUCCGAAGGAGGAUUUGCUAUUUAAUUUGGGCAUGUUAGAUGCCGAGUGAAUUUAGAUAAAGAAGGUUUUUUCGGAACAGGAAAUCAAGCUACACAUGACAAUGAAUGUGCAGUCGGACGCAGAGAAACUUGGGCUGUUGGUUGCAGCGAGUGAGCGGCCACGCAAUAAGAAUGGCAAGCUGUUUGUGUGUUGCGCCUGUGCCCUACUGGCAGCCUUCAGCAUGGGCUUUGGGCUCGGCUACUCUUCCCCCGCCGAUCCAGAUCUGCAAAGCAAGGGGAUACUUUCUCCUGAUCAAGUCUCCUGGUUUGCGGCUCUUUUUGCGGUGGGCGCCAUCGGUGGUGGGCCCAUUGCCGGUUUUCUUCUGGGUGUUGCCGGACGUAAGCUGACUCUCAUGACGUGCGCGCUGCCGUUCGUCGCAGGCUGGGUUCUGCUGGCGACCGGCACGGCCGUCUGGUUGCUGUACAUCGGACGGAUACUGACCGGUAUAGGGGCCGGAAUGACGUCACUGGUCACUCCGGUGUACAUCGCUGAGAUGUCCAGUCCUCAACUCCGAGGUCUGCUUGGUGCUAGCUUCCAGCUGAUGAUCACCCUCGGCAUUCUGGUUGUCUACGCUCUUGGCAUCCCUUUCAAUCACGUCUGGUUGGCCAUCGUCGGCGCGGGUGUGGCUGCUGCCCUCGUGGUCACCAUGAGCUUCAUGCCGGACACGCCGCGAUUCUAUCUGAGCCAGCACAAGCGAGAGAGGGCGCUGGUCGUGCUUCGCUGGCUGCGAGGACCCGACGCGGAUGUGGAUGUCGAAUGCAGAGAGAUAGAAGAUGCGUUGGAUAAUUCCAAUGAGAGUUUUUCCAUCCGUGAGUUCUGCCAAAAGUCGCUGCUCAAGCCGCUCUUCAUCUCCAUCAUGCUGAUGAUUUUCCAGCAGUGCAGUGGCAUCAACGCCGUCAUGUUCAACGCCAAGGACAUCAUGACGUCGGCCGUUCAGGGUAUCUCUCCCGACGCGGCUACGAUCAUCCUGGCAGCGGUCCAAGUCGGUGCGACGUUCGUGAGUGUCAUUCUCAUGGACGUAGCUGGCAGGAAAAUUCUACUCGUCCUAGCAGGUGCUCUAAUGGCCAUCAGUUCCGGCACCUUCGGCCUCUACUACCAACUCACAGGCAACGAGAACAUCACAACGACCGUUGCGUCAGCCUUCGACUUCUUAGGUAACGCCACAGUCUCACCGUCCCCUGCCACCGGCACAGACCUUACCUGGCUGUCCCUGGUCAGCAUCAUCAUCUACAUCAUCGGAUUCUCCAUCGGUUGGGGACCCAUCCCCUGGCUGAUCAUGUCGGAGAUUUUCCCGACGAAAGCUCGGGGGGCAGCAAGCGCCAUCGCCGCAGCCACCAACUGGCUGUUUGCGUUUAUCGUCACUAAGACCUUUACGCAGCUUGAGGACGGACUGACCAGGCAAGGCACAUUCUGGCUCUAUGCCGGUGUCUGCGUCGUCAGUGUCAUCUUCGUUUUAUUCCUCGUUCCUGAGACGAAAGGCAAGACGCUUGAGGAGAUAGAAGCAGGCUUCACUGGCCAAACCGUGCAUAGUAAUGUGCAUCCCACUUCUGACCCCGACAGGGAUGGAGUCAAUGACUAACGUAUCACCAUCUGCAUAUUUGGUCUCCUUGUGCUAUUUUCGAAUUCAUCCCCAAAAUAGCUUUCUCUUUUAACCAGUCCACGCAGGGAAUAUUUUGACAAGAACGAAACGAGGCGCAGGAUUGCUUUUCACUUGAUCUAAAGCCAGUCGGGUUUAAGCCAUCACCCUCGGGCAGCACACUCAUAUUUCCGUCCUCGCUCGCUGCCAGCGGGUCGCUGUCAGAUAUUUCCGGCCUCACUCCCUGCGUGUUUAUCUUUCAUACACGGCCUCCGGCGCGAACUGGUUCAAGUUGCUAUUUUUCUAGUAGUACAAGAGAUAUCACUUUUGAA